AUGCGUUGCUACGACAGCCCCAGCAAGCCCAUACAGCUACAGAAUACAAAUUCUUCAGCUGUCUUGUGUCUGUCUGAGCAGCACCAUAGUAGCUGGAAAAAACAAACAACUAUGAAAGGGGACCAAAAGAGAGUCAAGAAGAAAGUUGAUCUAUUUCCUAAGAAAUAUUGCUAUGAUGUGAAACUGUCAGCUGUGUUUAACGCAAGCAACAUUGGAAAAACACUAGUCAUGAGAACUCAAAGAUCCAAGAUGGCAUCUGAUGGACUUCAGGGUUAUGUUUUUGAAGUAAAUCUUGCUGACGUUCAAGAUAAUGAAGUUGCAUUUAGAAAAUUCAAGCUAAUUUCUUUAGUUAUUCAUGGCGAAAACUAUCUGACUAACUUUUAUGGCAUGGAUCUUAUCCAAGAUAAAAUGUGCUAUGUGGUCAAAAAAUGGCUGACCAUGAAUGAGGCCCAUGUUGAUGUCAAGACUGUUGGUUAUUUGCUUUAUCUAUUCUGUGCUGAAAAUAGUAAAAAACACAACAAUCAGACACAUAAGACCGCAGAAGCUCAGCACCAACAGGUUAAAAAAAUCCUGAAGAAGAUGGAAAUCAUCACCUGA